AUGAGCAACUCGAUGCGUGAUUUCGUUGACGGCGAGGCCGAGCUUGACGACGAGGAUGAGGAGUCCAUGGACGAAGAGCCCGUCAACCGCAGGAGGAACGUCGCCCCUGAAGAUUCCUCUGAAGAAGAAGAAGACGACGACGAUGAGGAGGAAGCGCGUAAGAUCCGCGAAGGCUUCAUCGUCGACGAAGAUGAAGACGAGGAAGGCGAGGAAUCAGAUGCCCAAGAUCGGGUCGUUAAGCGGAAGCGCGAACACCGCGACAGAGAGGAAGAGGAGCAGCUGGAUGAGGAUGACCUGGAACUCAUUGGAGAGCAAAUAGAACGUCGAGCACCAGCACAGCCCAAGUUCAAGCGCCUGAAACGAGGACACCGAGACGAAGAUGAUCGAGGCCCAGAGCGACGCGGAUUGGAAGACAUGUUUUCGGACGAGGACGAGGAAGCCAACGAACAAAGACCCUACGGCCGAGCGAAUUAUCGUACCCAAGCCGACGAGUUCGACGACUUCAUUGAAGAGGACUUUCCCGAGGACGAGGAUGAACGAGCGCGCCAACUUGAAGAUGCUGAAGUCGCGCGACCCCGCGACAAGGGCGUGGGGGGUGUUGUAGACACCACCGGUCUGGACAAGGAUGCACUCGAAGACAUGGAGGCCAUCUUUGGCAACGGCGAAGAUUACGACUGGGCACUGCAGAUGGAAGACGAGGAGGAAGAUCGAGAGCGCGAAGAGCAAGCCAUUGAGCUGAAGGACGUUUUCGAGCCAUCGCAGCUGAAGGAGAAACUUCUGACCGACGAAGACAACCAUAUUCGAUUCACCGACGAGCCCGAGAGAUUUCAAUUGGACCGGAAGCCGUUCAAGCAUCUGCAAAUCACUGCAGACCAGUUCAAGGAGGAGGCCCGAUGGAUCGCAGCCCUGAUGUGGCCCAAGAAGCAGCUGCAGUCGGAACUUCAUUCGCCCUUUACCAAGGCUAUUGGCAAGGUUUUGGAGUUUUUCGUCGUUGACGAAGUCGAAGUUCCGUACGUUUUCCAGCACCGCAAGGAUUACCUGAUCCAUGCCAAGAAGACGAAGAACCCCGACCAUCGCGACGACCCCGAUGCCCCCGAGUACAUCGUUAGCGCCGACAAGCUGCUCACUCAGGACGAUCUGUGGCGCAUCUUAGAGCUCGACAUCAAGUUUCGCUCUCUUAUUGAGAAGCGAAAUUCAUUGGAGAAGACGUUUGAGAGCCUCAAGACUUCGGCAGCCGUCAACGACGAUGUUUUGACAGACAUGACUUCUCAGGCUGCGACGAUGGAAGAAUUGCAAGACCUCCAAGAUUACAUGCACUUCCAGUACACCGCUGAGUUGAAGGACCUGUCUGCAGUCAACGGAAAUGGGAACCAGAUGAAGCGCCCAGGGUCCAAGUCGAACUUGUUCGAUCGCAUGCGAAGGAGCAAGGCGGCCGCUUUUGUCCGUGCCUACGGUAUCACUCCGGAUCGCUUCGCCCAAAACACACUUCGAGAGGGCAACAAGGUCUUUCCGGAAGACCCUAGCCAACUUCCUGAUGAUCUCGCUGAUUCCCUCACCGAUGAACAAUUUCAGACUGGAGAUAGCGUCAUGUAUGCCGCCCGUCAAAUGUACGCCGAGGAACUUUUCGUCAACCCCCGUAUGAGGAAACAUUUCCGAGUCAACUUCUACCAAAUGGGCGAAAUUAGCUGCCGGAGAACCGAGAAGGGCUUGAAGAAGAUUGACGAAUCGCACCCGUUCUACGAAGUCAAGUAUCUCAUCAACCAGACCAUUGCGGACGUUGCCCGUCAGCCGGAACUGUAUCUCAAGAUGAUGAAGGCUGAAGAGGAGGGCCUCAUUGAGGUCAAACUUACCCUGGAGAACGACGACGGCUUCAAGCGUGCACUGCGCCAAGAGUUUAUCUCGGACAACUACAGCGAGAUCGCAGACCGCUGGAACGACGAGCGCCAGAAAGUGCUUGACCUUAUCGUGCCCCGCCUUUCGAAGGUCAUCGCCAAGGGUGUCAAGGAAUCUCUCCGCACAGCUUGCCAAGAGGAGGUACUCAAAGCCUGCCGCGAAGAGUACUCUAAGAGGCUUGAUCAGGCACCGUACAAGCCGAAGGGCAUGAUUCUCGGUACCGUGCCUCGCAUUAUCACACUCUCUAACGGUAUGGGCGACCGUGAACCUACUGCUUGGGUGUCAGUUGAGGAAGACGGCCGUGUGAUCGAACAGGGCAAACUUGGCAAUCUUGCGCGUGAUGAGGCUGCUCGUGCGGAUUUUGUUGAUAUUGUCACCAGACGCCGCCCUGAUGCCAUUGGUGUUAGUGGCUGGUCCGCCGACACGCAGAAGCUGGUCAGAGACCUUGAGAGCCUAAUCAGCGAAAAGGGUCUCAUGGGUCCUGAGUUCGACGACCCUGAUCUUGGCGAGUACAGAACUGAGCCUCUUGAGGUUAUCGUCGUUAAUGAUGAGGUCGCUCGCCUUUACAAGGACAGCCCUCGAGCAGUCGCCGAACACCCCACUCUCAGCUCCCUCACAAGAUAUUGCAUUGCUCUGGCACACUACAUGCAGAAUCCUCUCAAGGAGUAUGCAGCUCUUAGCAAGGACAUCACUUCGUUGGCUUUCCACCCUUGUCAAAACCUUCUACCCCAAGAGAAGCUUCUUAAGCAUCUUGAAUCAGCGAUGGUCGAUAUGGUCAACCUGUGCGGUGUCAACAUCAACGAGGCGGUUGGCGAUUCGUACACGGCAAAUCUGCUACCAUAUGUGUCAGGACUCGGUCCGCGAAAGGCGACCAGCGUCAUCAAGGCUAUCAAUGCCAACGGUGGAGCUGUCGGCAGCAGAGACGAACUGGUCGGUGAUCCUGAUAGUGGGAAGCUGCCGGUCGUCGGUCCGAGAGUCUGGAACAACUGUGCCAGUUUUCUGUUCAUUGAUUACGACGCGACAAACCCUUCAUCAGACCCUCUUGACAACACUCGUGUCCAUCCUGAGGAUUACGAACUUGGCCGCAAGAUGGCAGCCGAUGCUCUGGAACUUGACGAGGAAGACGUUAAGGCAGAGACAGAUCACAACGGCCCCGGUGCCAUCGUUCGCAAACUCUUCAAAGAGGAUGAGCAGGAGAAGGUCAAUGAGCUUAUCCUGGAGGAGUAUGCCGAGCAGCUUGAGCGCAACUACAGCCAAAGAAAGCGUGCCACUCUCGAGACCAUCCGAGCAGAACUGCAGGCUCCAUACGAAGAACUCCGCCGUAACUUCGCAACUCUUGGUGCAAACGAGAUCUUCACCAUGUUCACUGGCGAGACGAAAGAUACCCUUGCCCAAGGCAUGAUCAUUCCCGUCCUGGUUCGCAUCGUGAAGGACGACUUUGCUAUUGUGAAGUUGGACUGCGGCAUCGAAGGUCGUAUCGAGUCUCACGACGGCCCCGAUGGCGUGCGAGUCAGAGGUCUGCUGUCAAUCAACCAAACGAUACAAGCCAAGGUCCUUGAUGUGAAUUACAAGGACUUUAUUGCCAAGCUUUCUGCUAGAGACGCCGAGGUCAAACGUCCUUACAAGCGCCAGCUCUACCAUGGGCAUGGACAGUGGGAUGACAGGCUCGAGGCCGCGGACAAGGAAGAGCUCCGCGAGAAAGAUAAGACAACUGGUCGCACCCAAAGAGUCAUCAAGCACCCCAUGUUCAAGCCCUUCAACGGCUUGGAGGCGGAGCAAUGGCUGGGUACUCAACCCGCCGGAGAAGUCAUCAUCCGUCCCUCUUCGAAGGGUAACGAUCAUCUGGCUAUUACCUGGAAGGUCGCGGACGGUGUCUUCCAGCAUGUCGACGUCUUGGAACUGCAGAAAGAGAACGAAUUCUCAGUCGGCAAGCUGCUGAGAGUGGGCGGAAAGUUUACCUACAAGGAUCUCGACGAACUGAUCCAUGAGCACAUCGAGGCUAUGUCUAGAAAAGUGGACGAGAUGAUGCAGCACGAGAAGUUUGAAAAGCGAUCCAAGCCGGAUCUCGAGAAAUGGCUCACGACGUACAUUGAUGCCAACCCCAACCGGUCCGCCUAUGCUUUCUGCAUCGACACCAAGCACCCCGGCUAUUUCUGGCUGUGCUUCAAGGCGAGCCGUUCAUCGGGAGUCUACUCCUGGCCUGUGCGCGUGAUUCCCGGCGGCUUCGAGCUGAAGAACCAGGCCUACCCCGACAUGAGAGCACUCUGCAAUGGCUUCAAAAUCCGGUAUCAGACGGAGAGCACUAAGAGGCAGAAGGGCGGUAGAUAG